AUGGCUUCAUUACAACUUCCUGUUAAUUCAACAGUAACACACCGCCCUCAUUUCGUGUUGUUUCCCUUCAUGUCCAAAGGCCACACCAUCCCAUUACUCCACCUAGCCCAACUUCUCACAAACCGUGGCAUUACAGUCACUGUCUUCACCACCAAAGCCAACCGACCUUUCAUCGCUCAGUUUCUUGACAGAUGCCCGGAUGCUUCAAUCAUUGACCUGCCAUUCCCUAAUGAUGUUGAAGGAAUAGAUAAAGGUAUAGAGAGCACCGAUAAGCUCCCUACUAUGUCCCUCUUCAGGCCAUUUGUCACUGCAACCAAGCUCAUGCAGCCUUACUUUGAACAAGCACUCAAGAAUCUCUCUCAUGUCACGUGUAUCGUUUCUGAUGGGUUUUUAAGUUGGACACUCGCAUCGGCUAAAAAAUUUGGAAUCCCUCGCCUCUCGUUUUAUGGUAUGAACAACUAUGUAGGUGCUGUGACUCGGGAGGUGGUUUCAAACAGGCUCUUUUCAGGGCCUGAGUCAGAUGACGAGCUGAUCAUGGUCCCGAGGUUCCCAUGGAUCAAAGUCACUAGGAAUGACUUUGAUGAGCCGUUUAACCAGAGGAACCCAACGGGUCCUUACAUUGACUUUAUAACGGAAACUGUCAUAGCAUCGGCUAAUAGCUAUGGCUUGAUUACAAACAGCUUCUACGAGCUCGAGCCACUGUUUUUAGACGUUUUGAACCGUGAGUCUAAGCCCAAAGCUUGGUGUGUCGGACCCCUUUGCUUGGCUGUGACCGAGUCACUGCCAAUGGUUGACCGGAAGCCUGAAUGGAUUCAGUGGCUGGAUCAAAAGCUAGCUAAAGGAUGCUCGGUUUUAUACGUAGCAUUCGGUUCUCAAGCAGAGAUAUCAUCGAAACAGUUGGAAGAGAUAUCAAAGGGUUUAGAAGAAUCCCAAGUGAAUUUCUUGUGGGUGGUGAGGAAGUGUGAGACGAGUGUUUAUGACGAGCUACAAGAAAGAGUGGGGAAAAGAGGGAUGAUUGUAAGAGAAUGGGUUGACCAAAGGGAGAUUUUAAAGCACGAGAGCGUAAAAGGGUUUGUAAGCCACUGUGGUUGGAACUCAGUGUUGGAGAGCAUAUGUUCAGAGGUUCCGAUACUAGCGUGGCCAAUGAUGGCUGAGCAACCUCUGAAUGCAAGAAUGGUGGUGGAGGAGAUUAAGAUCGGUUUACGGGUUGAGACAUGUGAUGGAUCAGUGAAAGGGUUUGUAACAUCAGAAGGGUUAAAGAAAAUGGUGAAGGAGCUCAUGGAGGGUGAAAAGGGGAAAGAGAUAAGGAAAAAGGUGAAGGAGAUUGGUGAGGCUGCAAAGGAAGCAAUGGCAGAAGGUGGAUCAUCUUGGCGGACAUUGAACGAGCUCAUAGAUGAGUUACAGGCCGUUAGAUCAAACUCCAAGUGA